AACCGCUCUUAUCUAUUAUAUGAUCGUGCUGUCGUUAUUAGGCCAGAGCUCAUCACGAUCUCAGAAUCGAAUCGUGAUAGGCCGCAAAGUAAUGUGACAAAUAAUUCUGUUCACACUGUAAAAACGGAUAAACUCUACGCAAUCCAUACUUGUACACACGUUCAUUAGGAUCUAUUGAGCACUAUUUGUUUUCUUUUGUCUUCUUUUUUAAGUAAUGAAAUUAUGUGUUGAAAGUUUACAGAAAACGGUUGAAAGUUUCAAUUCAUUAAAAAUUUCAGGUGGGCAACAUCAUAAUAUAAUAAACAAACUGUAGAAUACUAGAAUAGACGGCCGAUUAGGUGGGGCAAUUAAAUAAAACUCUUUUCAAUAAUUAAAACAAAAUCAAAGGGUAAUUAAUUAAUAAAUUUAAGAAAGCUAGCUAGCAUUUUUGUCAAGUGGGAAAGUGUAGGCAAUUUCUUGUUGCAGUUGCCCAUUUCUUUCUCCGUCCAUGAAGAAGUAUUCGUCGUCGUGGACACCUUUCCAUAAACUAGGGUUGUUAAUCGGUGGCCGGUUAUCCGGUUAAUUUCGUAAUCGUCGGUUUUUUGGUCGAUCGAAAACCGCAAUGUCGGUGUCGGUUGGCGCUGUCGGUUGGCAGUUACCGGCAAAUUAGAGAGGGUUGCGGUUAUCGGUGAAAACCGAAACCGUGGCGGUAAACCACGACAACCGCAUGCCCUACCAUCCAAGACUAUAUGGAGUCCCUACUGCAGUCGUCGACCCAUCGUCACUCGCCACCGCCCUUCUCGGCUUCCCCACUGCCGCCUUCAUCCUCCUUCUUGCAGUCCCAGACUCCCAGUAAUCGUCAACAUCGCUAGGGGUGAACAAACACACCCGCAAACCGACCCACCCGUCCAACCCGACCCAACCCACCCGUAUUUAUCGCUAAAACUAAGGUUUUGGGUUGGGUGAGGGUUUUCUUUUCUACAACCCGCCUCUUUUGGGUUGGGUUUGGGUUUUGGAUCACACAACCCGUAGAACCCAACCCAACCCGUGUUCCAACUAUGGAUAUGAGUUCGUAUCCAAAAAAUAUUUAUGUCGUAUAUAACCAUACUUAUUAGAAAAUUAAGAUAUUUCGCCAUAUUUUUCUCUCAUGGUCUCCCUAAUCUAAUGCAUUUUUCGGGUUAAAGUUUAGACAUAGAUUUAAUAUAGCUAUGAUUCACGUAAUCAUUUUUCUUGUGUAUGAUUUUAAUAGAAUUAUAUAUUAUGGAUGCGUUCGUUUAUAACAUUUUUAUCCUAUUUCAACAAAUGUCGUGAAAAAAAACUAGAUAUAUGUUGAAGUAAAUCACAUUUUAAUAAAAUUUAAACAACAUUUGUGAACUUUGAUACCUUUCGCUUUCACCUCGGUUUAUUCGUUUGAAAUUUUAAUUAGUUAUAAAAUAUUUUUAUGGUGUAGAAUAAUUACAUAUUUUGUGUUGGGUUGGAUUUUUACUUAAAAAUAUCGUCAACCCGACCCAACCCAAUCAGAAACAAACCGUAGGGUUUUAAUUUUUUUGGGUGGGUUUGGGUUUAAUAUUUCCCAAACCGUAGUGCAUGGAUCGGGUGAUUAAAAUGGAUAAACCCGGACCACCCGACCCAUGUACAUCCCUAAACAUCACCAUUCCCCCAUCGCUAGUCAUCUCGCCAUCGUCGCCCCGCAGUCCCGCCAUCGCCCGACAUUCCGACGUCGCCCGACUGUUCCGUCAUCGCCCAAAAAUGCCUACGUCGCCCAACAGUUCCAACUUCGCCCAGCAAGGCCGAUGUCAUCCAGCCAUCCCAACACCGCCCAGCAAGGCCGAUGUCGCCAACAGAUCCAGAAAUCCAGCCAGAUUCGCCCUCUGCGUCGGUCUUCUGCUAACCGCGACACCGACCCGAAACCGUCGACGGUGGUUUUCGGCUAACCGACAAGGCCGACAGUGUUGGUUGCGGUUGGCAUUUUUGGACGUUAGUCGGCUGCGGUUAACCGCGUUUGCGGUUCGGUUAAAACUGAAACCGCACCGCUAACAACCCUACCACAAACUAUACAAUUCAGUGAUUCACAACCAAAACCCUGGAAGGCAGCUGGCUGAGAGUUCACAUUUCCCACCAACAAACAAAGAAAGCACUACAUUAGUCGAUUAAGUCACGUCUUUCAUUUCUCGACUACGAGUUGUCUUCUACCUAAAGGUAAUACGAAAGUUUACAAUCAGUCCCUCGUCACGCAAUUAUUGUCGAGAUUGCCGUUAAAGCGAGUUUGUUUUGUCAUGCUCGAAGACACGAGAGAUGUUGAGAAUGCUCUGAAGUCUGAAUCGUGGGCAUUCUCUUGGGUACGAGAGCUCGAAUCGAAGCUGGGUUAAGAUCCCAUCGAUUUGGGAUCUCGCGUGAUUGGAUCGACCCAAAAUGAAACCCAUUAAUAUAUAAAAAAUAAUAAUGGGCCAAAUAGGUCAAUUUUUUUCUUCUUCUGUAUGGGACGGAUACACUUUCUUUUAUCUACAGAGUGGUCCAUGUUUUCAGGGUUGUCGCACGUGGUGGGGCCCGGCCCAUCACAGCUCUCGCCGUUUGUCGUCGUGCGUGUCCUCUCUUCCGUCCACUCACGGCUCCCGUCUCCGUCCAAAAUAGGCUGACGGAAACUGUCAAUUGAGAGGCGGCUUUUUCUUUUCUUUUUUAAUAUUUUCAUUUAGCUGAUUAAUAAUUGUGACUCAUCGGCAUACACGUGUCGCUUUCCGUUUCACAAUCAUGGACAGCCACCGCCAGCUGUCUUUCCGGCAGCCCGCCGCAACCGACACCAUCCGUCCAUCGCCAUUGCUCAAUCGCGCAUGAUGGCCUUUGCCGGAUAAUAAUUCCCCGAUGUAUAU